AUGGCUAUUACAACUAGAGCAAAACACCAUCAACUUGAAGAACAACAAAGUAAUUUAUCAACUGACAAUGAGAAAUAUAGUGAAGAUCAAUCUUUAGAUUAUGUUUCUGAUAAUAAUAUGUUUACUGACAUCUAUAAUAAAGAAAGUAGUAGUGAUAAUGAAGAAGAUAAUUUACAAGAAAUUAGUCAAAUUA